AUGGAGGAAAACAGUUCCUUCCUGAACCCUGCCUACAAUGACAGCACCUCCGCAUGGGCACCAGUGCCCUCAGCACCCAGCAGACACCUGGGCACCCUUCCCAACCCCCAUACGCGCUUCAAGGACCUGACAGGGAUAUUUUUCAUGGUGACCAUGAAUGUUCUGGCACUUCUGGCCAACACUGCUGUUCUGGUUGUUGUCAUCAAAGCCCCUCAUCUCAGGAAAUUCGCCUUUGUUUGUCACCUGUGUGCGGUGGACCUGCUCUGUGCCAUCUUGCUCAUGCCUCUUGGGAUUGUGUCGAGCUCUCCGUACUUUGCUGGCGUGGAGUUCACUGUGCUGGAGUGUCAGGUGUACGUGUUCCUCAAUGUGAUCCUCAUAGCUGCCUCUAUCUUGACCAUCACGGCCAUCAGCGUUGAGCGUUACUACUACAUCGUGCACCCUAUGCGCUACGAGGUGAAGAUGACGCUGAAGCUGACAGCGGCUGUCAUGGUGAUGGUGUGGGUGACCUCUGCCGUGCUGGGCCUGUCCACUGUGUUUGGGUGGCCGUCCAACGGCAGCCUGAGCACCAUCAGUGCUGCACACUGCUCGCUGCACUGGAGCCACAGUGAUCACCGACGGAUCUUCUCUGUGCUCUUCAGUGUCACAUGUUUCUGUCUGCCAGCUGUUGUGAUCUUUGCUGUUUACUGUAAUGUGUACAAGGUUGCACGUGUGGCCGCCCGCCAGCAUGGACCUCUGCCCUCCUGGACAGCCAAUCAACUCAAGCUUCGCUCUGACUCAAUAAACAGCCAGACCACCAUCAUCACAACCCGCAACGCCCCACGCAGGAUGAUGCGUGACCGUCCCUUUGGCGGUGGUAAAGCUGCUCUCACUCUGGUGCUAAUCGUUGGUCAGUUUCUGAUCUGCUGGCUGCCUUACUUUGCCUUCCACCUCCACCUGACGCUACAUGCAACCCCCAUCAUCCCAGAGGACCUGGAGGAGACAGUUAUCUGGCUGGCCUAUUCCUCCUUUGCUAUUAAUCCAUUUUUUUAUGGGCUUCUUAAUCGUCAGAUCAGGGAGGAGCUUUGUAAGCUGCGGCGCUGCUACGCGGCCCGGCCCGUUGAUCUGGCUUUGUCCAGCCACGAGGGCUCAGGCCCCGAGAACUUCCUUCAGUUCCUCCACAGGACCAGCUGCACGUUAGAGACACGAGCAAGCUUUGCCACACCCAGUCCCAGGAACACUCUGGAUCAAACUGGGCAGACUGGAUUCAGGAUACCCGGACAGAUCCCAGAAGAGUUUGGUUAG